AUGCUGGAUCGUACUAAGAGUUUCCAGAACUGUAGGGAAACGGAUGUCCCAGGUUACAAUGACUGCCCAAGUUUUGUAUACCCAGCUAAACGCGGCACGGGCUCGAAGCAGACUAUGGUUAACGGGCAGAUAGACACGUUUGGAAGCACGCAGGCGGCGUCAGCUCCACCACCACCCACAAUCAGAAAGCGCACGAGUAGUCACAAUUCGAGCGUCUGCAAAGUCGCCCCGCAAGAGACUCUUUGCAUGGAUAAAGACGAAAUUUUACAUGAAAUUGAUAAUUUGCUGGCCAGAGAGUCCAAGCUGCCGGCUGCUGAGUUGGAAUAUCACCAAAAAAAGUUCCGUGCGAAUUUUGGGCAAGUCUUGGAGCAGGACCAUGGGCGACAGCUCAUGAACGAGGUGCUGGCAUCUUUGCAGGACGAAUCGAAAGUACACAAGAUCUUGACUCAAUGGAUGAUGUCGGAUUCCACCGUCAAUAAAUGGUGUCCGUCGCUUCGAAAAAUCUUGUGUAACUUGCAAGCGGACGGGAUAUAG